AUGGCCUCGAAGGACGACGUCAAGUUCCUCGCCGUCGCGCGGGUCGCGCACAAGAGCAUCAUUAGCAACCAUGUGCACACCAAGGGCGGCAAGAAGGACGGCGCGCGCUUCACCGAGGUCGCGGCCAAGGUCCUCUCGUCGCCGACGUGGGCGAAAGAGGUGGCGCCCAACAGCCGCCAUGCGCUCGCGUUUGAUGGCCUCAAGCUCCACUUUAUGCUCGACAGCGGCAACUUUGUGUACUUUGCCGUCACUGCGGGCGACUACCCGAUCCGCGUCGCGCACCAAAUGAUCAACGACAUGGAGACGCAAUUUGUUGCGUCGUUCGCCGCCGAGGCCUUGACGCUCAAGAAGGACCAGACCGUCGGCAGCGACUGCGCCAAGGUGCUGGCGACGAUCGCGGCGACGUACGACGACCGCACGAAGAUCGACAAGCUAUCGCUCGUCAAGCUGCAGGUCGAAGGCGUGAAAGAUACGAUGAGGGAAUCGAUUGGCCUCGCGCUCGCCAACGGCGAGAAGCUCGAGACGCUCGAGCAAAAGUCGUCCGAGCUCUCAGACAACGCCAAGAUCUUCCACAAGGGCGCGACCGACCUCCACCGCCAAAUGCGCUUGCGCAAGCUGCGUCUCUUUGCCGCGAUCGGCGUCUCGAUCGUGCUCGUCGUGAUCCUCGUCUUGUACAUCCUCGGCGUCUUCUCGUCCGAAAGCAGUAGCAACAACAGCCACAGUCGUCAGCGUCGUCGUCUUCGCUUGGUCUGA